UGAUGUUUUCUCCUGUUGCCUAAAAGUUCAGAGUUAAAACAAGUCCGACUUUAAUUUGCUUAUUUCUGGCGUAGCGAAUUCUCCCAGCGCCAUUAUGUGAUGAACAGAGUCAAUGUGGGCGGCUCUCCUACUAUAGUAUGGAAGGUCCGACUGAAACAAUGAUGAAUCUUCGUGUAGGACAGACAGUUGUGCGGGUGGCGGGGGGAGAUGAGGGGGUGGCAGUUGCUGGGGAGACGUCCCUGCGGGGACCCCCCUCGCCCACGGGGCUCCCCUAUGCUUCAGACAAGCAUCCCAAGCUGGCAUUGGCAAACAUCAACAUGCUGCAGAAGAGGAGGGAGCUGUGUGAUGUUGUGUUGAUUGUUGGUGCAAGGAAGAUUUUUGCUCACAGAGUAAUCUUAUCAGCAUGCAGCCCCUAUUUCCACGCCAUGUUCACCUCAGAACUCCUCGAGGCCAGACAAACAGAGGUGCCCAUCCGAGACAUCGACGAACAUGCUGUAGACCUCCUAGUUAAUUUUUGCUACACUUCUGAGAUCACCAUAGAGGAAUCCAAUGUGCAGACCCUUCUCCCAGCAGCCUGCCUGCUUCAGAUGCAGGAGAUCCAGGAUGUGUGCUGUGAGUUCCUGAAACAGCAGUUGCACCCCUCAAAUUGCCUGGGCAUCAGAGCCUUUGCUGACACCCAUUCCUGCCGUGACCUGUUGCGUAUUGCCGAUAAGUUCACCCAGCAUAAUUUCCAGGAGGUAAUGGAGAGCGAGGAGUUCAUGGAACUUCCUGUGAAUCAGCUGAUGGACAUCAUUUCGAGUGAUGAGCUAAAUGUCAGAUCGGAGGAGCAAGUGUUUAGUGCUGUCAUGGCCUGGGUCAAAUAUAAUGUCACGGAAAGAAGACCUUAUCUGGCACAGGUUCUUGAACAUGUCCGUCUACCUCUGCUUAGUCCAAAAUUCCUAGUGGGAACGGUUGGGUCUGAUCUUCUCAUAAAAAGUGACGAAGCCUGCCGAGACCUUGUAGAUGAAGCCAAGAACUACCUGCUGUUGCCACAAGAACGCCCCUUGAUGCAGGGCCCACGCACCAGGCCACGAAAACCUAUCAAGACGGGGGAAGUCCUUUUUGCAGUGGGGGGCUGGUGUAGUGGAGAUGCAAUAGCUUCUGUAGAGCGGUUUGAGCCUACAACCUGUGAGUGGAGGAUGGUAGCCCCCAUGAGCAAGCGGAGAUGUGGGGUAGGCGUGGCGGUGCUCUCGGACUUGCUGUAUGCAGUGGGAGGGCAUGAUGGACAGUCCUACCUCAACAGUGUAGAAAGAUAUGACCCUCAGACUAACCAAUGGCUGUGUGAAGUGGCACCCACUAGCACCUGCCGAACGAGUGUAGGCGUGGCAGUCUUAGAUGGAUACCUCUAUGCUGUAGGGGGACAGGAUGGUGUCUCCUGCCUCAAUGUAGUUGAACGAUACGACCCACAAAGCAACCGCUGGACAAAGGUUGCAUCAAUGAAUACUCGACGCUUGGGAGUGGCUGUUGCUGUCCUUGGUGGCUUUCUCUAUGCUGUUGGGGGAUCCGAUGGCCAGAGUCCUCUUAAUACAGUGGAAAGAUACGACCCCAAACUGAACAAGUGGGUAAUGAUGCCAGCCAUGAGUACACGUCGCAAACACCUAGGCUGCGCAGUAUACAAUAACAUGAUCUAUGCUGUGGGGGGAAGAGACGACUGCACAGAGCUCUCCAGUGCCGAGCGCUACAACCCGCACACCAAUCAGUGGAGUCCCAUUGUUGCCAUGACGUCUAGACGCAGUGGAGUUGGCUUAGCAGUAGUGAAUGGAAUGCUGUAUGCAGUGGGAGGCUUUGAUGGCACGACGUACCUGAAGACGAUUGAGGUGUACGACCCAGACCAAAACCAUUGGCGGCUGUGUGGAUCUAUGAACUACCGUCGGCUCGGGGGAGGUGUCGGGGUGGUCAAGCUACCACACAACGAGGCUCAUCUUUGGUGA